AUGUCUUUACCUGGUUCUCCCAACAAGAACUGUGGCCGUUUGCCCCAAGCACUACGACCACUUCUCCCUGCCCCUUCUACCGGUGAAGACCAACCUAUUGCUCCGACCUCGUCACUUCUUCAAGGUGCUGAACAGCUUCCUCUCGUCGAACAACCUUCUCGUACUGAACACCAGUCCGUCUUGUCAAUUCCUAGUGCACUCUCCCAAGAGGAGCAGUCCCAAAUCAGCUUUGAUUUUGAUCCUCUUCCUGCUGGAAUAGAUCUCAACUUCGAUCGACCUUACCACCGCUCUUCUUCUAACACUACUUCAUCUACACCUGCACCUGCACCUAUUCCUGAACCGCAGCCAGUAGACCCUGCUCUUUCUUCUACCGAGUUUCAACUCUCUAGUAAACCACGCAGUCUUACUCUAGAUCACUACUUCUUCAAAGAGCCGUGCCCUUUCACAGGCAAUCUUCGAGGUGCACCUCCUCCAGCUCCAGCAGUAACUGAAGCUCAAACAUCUUCUGCCCCUUUGUCCAUUGAUAACACACCUGAUCAACCCGAAAACCCACUGCAGCCCCCUGCUCCUUUUUCCUACGGAUACGCAUAUCCUCCUCCACCUGUUCCAGGCGCUCCCCUACUUCCCUUCCCUCCCCAAGAUCGAAAGAGAAAAGACGCUGGAAGCACUGGUUCUAAAACCUCUAGCAAGAAGAGGAAAACUUCUCAGUUUCCACCUCCAUUCACGGCUCCUGGUACUCCCCGCCCUCAAACUCGGUCUGAAGGUUUCUUGUUGCCCCCUACUUUUGACAAUCGCAAGAGACUUGCAAGUGAACUCGAAGACUACACUGUUCCCUGUCCCGUUGGAAAGAAGAGUCGUCUUGAUCAGCCAAACGAACAGCCCAACCAGGACCCCUUGGCCCCCGUCGACAUUCCCGAAUUUGUCCUUGUCGAGUCUCUAGCCAGAGCGGGUCAGCACUCCUCUCUUAUAAAAAGUUUGGUAUUGGGUACUUUCAGGGAAGCUAAGAAUAGGAGUGCGCUCAACUCCUGCAGCUAUCAGAACGAUCCGGUCAGACAGCAACCUACUGAACAGCAGGCACCUACCGACCAAACUUCUGCCGACCAAGGUUCUUUCGAACAAGCUUCUGUUGAACAAGCUUCCAAGAAAAAGGAUUCUAACAAAAAGGCUGGCAAAAAAGGAUCUGCUGAGACAAUGUCUUCCAACGAGACACCCGUCGAGCAACCUGCGCAGUCCUUCGCCAUGCCGGCUGUGAAUCCAGCUGGCUACCAAAACCAAGAUCUUUCCUACGAAGGACGACCUUAUAUCAAUCUCAAUCCUAGCCUUGAUGCUCUAGGAGAGUUUACUGACCCUGAGGUUUACCGCAAGCUGAAGUUUGGUGGCAUGAUCAUUCAGCGCGCUAACUUGGCUCCCUCUAAUGAUCUUUCUUAUCCAGAGCAGUACAGACGGCUCAAGAAUAUCCAAGAAGAGCUCGCACGACAGGAUUCGAUCGCCCCUAUCCUCCCACCAUCCGAACUCAGUCCUCAGGACCCCAAAGGUUUCACACCAAAGCCGUACAAUGUACCUGAAGACAUUGAAGAUCAACGCGUUCACGACUUUUUUGCCCAGAAGAACAAGGACUUGUGCACACGAAACAAACAGGUAGACCUCGAUAGAAAUAACAUGGCUGCUAAGGGCACCCGCCAGCGUCGAGAAGAGUCGCUGUCUCAGUAUCGCACCAUCGCCAGAGACCUUGCAAUUGAACGAAACUGGUGGCGCCUCAAGGCCGCAUCUCUCGGUGGCGAUCCCACUGAGUUCGAUGCCUUUACGGAUCAUACCCGAAGAGCUAUGUCUACCGAAAUGGACGAACGAAUGGAGAAGCUCGAGAAAGAAGCUGCCAAGAAGGCUAAGAGAGUCAAGGCAAAGGCUCAGGCAGCUAUAACUUCUCAGAACAAUAAACUCGCCAAGCAGGAUGUGCAGCGACAGAACAAGGAGAUCAAGCAGGUCGUCUCAGCUUUUGCAGCCGGGGAUCUUACCGCCAUCGAACGAAUGAAGCAGGCUGACUACGAUGCGAAGGCCACCGCUUAUCGCAAACCUCGUACCAAGCAACCCUCCAAGAGGGCUCGCAAGGCAAACAACGUCGAUGAUGACAAGGACUCGAACGCUGAGGUCGAAACUCCCGAUGUCGAAACUCCAGCAGAGAACGCUACCGAAGAAGCAGCUGGCGAUCCUGGUAACGCCGAGAACAUCGAUAGCAACAUGUACGGCCUUAAUGAUGUUGCUCGCGCCAACACAGAACUCAUCAUUCCUGAUACCAACGUGGCUUCUCAGUCUAUGUACCCUUCUGUUGAAGAUACUCAGCCAAACAACAACUUCACCUUCCAUCCUGUCCCCAACUUUGAUUCUAAUGUCCAGACACAAGAUGACCAGCCCUCCGGUGCUGAGGAACCUGACGACAUGGAGCACAAUGAUCUCCGGCGAAUGCCUUCCAACAUCACCAUGUUCGACGCUCCUACUGAUGGUACUCACAUCGCCACCUCCAUGGCUCCUCCCGGCUUGAUGCCUACUAUGAUGGAUCAGAGUGCUAUUUGGGCACCACCUCCUACCUUUGACUCGAGUACACUGCCUCCCACCCAGUUCAACCCUCAAUUGAACGGUCCCAUGGGCGACAUGACUAUGCCAUCUGGAGAUAUACAUGCACCGGUCAAUGACAUGAGCAUGGUCCCCGUCAACAACAUGGACUUCAACUUCCACGCUCCCAUGAACGAGGUCGGCCCAAUGGCUCCUUCUUACAUGAAUUCAGACUUCCACACUAUGAACGGUAUCGACGCACCUUCGUCUCAGAACCUCAACCAGCCUUGGUUCAAUCCUACAAGCAAUGCUGAGUCUAACGCCUUUGGACCCGCUCUCCCCGUUAUCUCUCAGAGUAUUGAGCUUCCACAGCAGACUACCACUACCAACAACACCGGUACUUCUGAUACAUUUGAUCGCAACGCGGAUCCAUCUACAUUCCCCGAUCCCCACGACGAGAUUUUCUUCGGUAACUAUCUCGGAGACAUGAACUCGUCUCAGAACUAA